AUGAUUAAGAAUUACGGAGAUAGAUAUCAUCUUAUUGACAAAAAGGCUUUGGAAGAUAGGAAAUUAGAUAAAAAUUAACUAGAAGAAUUUGUAAAAUCAUCAGGGAUAAUCGAUAUAGGGAAAAAUUACAAUAUUGUUUCAAUUAUUGGGAGUCAAAGUACAGGCAAAAGUACAUUACUUAAUUACCUUUUUGGAACAAAAUUUGAUGUCUAAAAUAGGUAAUAAAGUGUAGGUUAAACAACAGUUGGUAUUUGGGUUUCUAAAGAUGUCUAAAAUAAUGUUGUAGUAUUAGAUGUUGAAGGAUCAGAUUCUGUGGAGAGAAAAUCAGGAGAGAAUGUAAGUGAUCCUAUUUAAUACGUAGAUGGUUGAAAAUCAAACAGCAUUAAUGGCAUUAGCUAUGUCACAUUGUUUUAUUAUUAAUGUUUUUGUUAAUGCUUUAGGUUAACAUACAAGUUGUUAAUUAUCCAUCAUCAAAAUCAUUAUGCAAUAGAAUUUAAAGCUAUUUUAAUAAGACACUGUUAAGCACAUAAUUUUUGUUGUUAGAGAUUGGGAUGAAGAUUCAAAUUAUGAAGAGGCUUCUCGUAGAUUGAAUGGUUAUUUAUUGAACAUAUGGAAUGAGAUUCCAAAAGUAAUAAUUUAACCUAUAAUUAAUAGCCUGAUCAUUAUAAAGAGACAGAUUUUCAUGAAUUAUUUAGUGUUUAAGUAUUUACAUUAGCAUAUUACAAAAUGAAAAAAGAAUUUGGUGAAUAAACAAGUGAGCUUCAUUCAAAAUUAGCUAAUUAAAAAGAUCCUAAUUUUAUUUUUAAAAAUUUUGAUUAUGAGAAAAAUGUAAGAUGGUCAGAUAUGCCAUAAUAUUUAUCAAAUAUUUGGGAGGUUAUUUCAAAUAAUAAAGACCUUAAUUUACCAAAUGAGAAGAUUCUAAUUUCUAAUAUGAGAUGUUAAUAAAUUAAAUUAGAGGCAUUGGAACGUGUUAAAUAGUUAAAUGAAGUAUAAUUAAAUAUAAUAAAAAUAUAGGAUUUAUCAAAUAGAGUAAAAGAAUAAUUUGUUGAUAAUUUUGGUUAAUAAUGUUAAACAAUAUUGAGUUUAGCUAAAAAAAUAUAUGAUACUGAUGCUAGAGAUUAUCAUGUUGAAGUGUAUAAAGAGAAAGAAAAAGAAUUAAAAGAUGAAUUGAUUAAUAAAUUCUUUACUUUCUUUUAAAGAUAAACAGAAUAACUUAAACAAUAUUAUAUGAAUAUAUUAUCAGAGAAUUUUGAGAAAUUAAAGAGAGAAAGUAUUUAAUUUAAUGAUUAAAAAUUAGGUAUUUAUAAUUUACCUGAUAAAUUAAACGAAUUAGAUUUGUUAAAGAUGAAAUUCGAAGAAUCAUUAACAAAAUCUGUAAUUGAAGUAGGAUUAUGGUAAGAAGAGGACCAUAUUAAAUUCUUUAAUUAAUAAUUCGAUAAUCAUUUAAAGUCAUUUGUAGAAGCCUAAUUAGCAACAUUUAAAUAAUAAUUAGAUAAUAUAAUAAAAUCAGAAUGUGAUAAGAUUGUGAGUUCAUAAGUCUUAAAUAUCUCACCAAAAUUUUGGUUAUAAAUUGAAAUUGAUUAUUAUCAAAUGAUUUCAGAUAAAUAUUAAAAAUAUGAUGUUUUAUUAACAGGAUUGAGGGUUUAAUAAAAAUAAAUUGAUGAUUAUUUGAAUAAAUUUGAAGAAGAUAGUUUUCAUAAUCUAAAAUAAGUAAUUUCAGUUGCAAGUGGUAGAUUUAAAGAUUAAUUAUUUCAAUAAUUCAAAGCAUAAUUUGUUAGAGCUCCUGAUGGAUAACCUAGAAAUUGGUAAAAAUUAACUGAAGAAGAAAUCUUUCAUUUCUAUACAGAAGCUAGAGAUAAAGUAUUUUCAUUAUUGGAUUUAUUGAGAAUUAGAAAAAUUAAAUACAUAAAAUAAUCAGCUAACUUUAAAUAAAAAGCUAAAACUCUUUUAAUACCAUCAGGUUAGAAAAUAUAAUAUUAAAUAUCCUCAGAUACUGAUUCUGAUGAUGUUGUACUUAAUGAAGUUUUUUAUACAUAAGUGAAAAUGCAAUUAGCAGAAGAUAUUGAUGUCUAAUAUUAAGAUGCUAUUCAAAAACAUGUAAAUUUAAAUAUGCAUUCAUUUCUUAGAAACAAGAUUUCCUUUAAAAUAUUCCAAAGCCAUUUUGGUUUUUAUUAUUAUUCUUUAUGUAUGAUGAUGUCUUAAGAUGGAUGGGUAAUCCAUUGUUCCUCUAUCCAAUCUUGAUAAUCUUAUGUUUUGUUGGAUUUUGUAUUGCUAUUGGUAAAUUAUCAAUAUUCUAUUUUAUUAGGUCUACAUAGUUUACCUAAACUAGCAUUUUAAUGGGUCUUUAAAACUUUGAAUUAAGCUGUGGUUCCAUUAAUAUUUGGAGGUAUUUCAAAAUUAAAAGGAAGUUGAAU